GAGGAUGGCCGGAAAGGUGAAAUGGGUCACUGAUAUCGAGAAGUCGGUGCUGAUCAAUAACUUCGAGAAGAGAGGAUGGAUCCAAGUGACGGAGAACGAGGACUGGAAUUUCUACUGGAUGAGCGUGCAGACCAUCCGGAAUGUCUUCAGCGUGGAAACCGGGUACCGGCUCUCUGACGACCAAAUCGUCAACCACUUCCCCAACCACUAUGAGCUGACUCGGAAGGACCUGAUGGUGAAGAACAUCAAGCGGUACCGGAAGGAGCUGGAGAAGGAGGGCAGCCCCCUGGCUGAGAAAGACGAGAACGGGAAAUACCUCUACUUGGACUUCGUUCCCAUCACCUACAUGUUGCCGGCCGACUACAACCUGUUCGUGGAGGAGUUCCGGAAGAGCCCGUGCAGCACCUGGAUCAUGAAGCCCUGCGGCAAAGCCCAGGGCAAGGGCAUCUUCCUCAUCAACAAGCUCUCGCAGAUCAAGAAGUGGUCCCGGGACAGCAAGACCUCCUCGUUCGUGUCUCAGUCCACCAAGGAGGCCUACGUGAUCUCGCUGUACAUCAACAACCCGCUCCUCAUCGGAGGGCGCAAGUUCGACCUGCGUCUGUACGUGCUGGUGUCCACGUACCGCCCGCUGCGCUGCUACAUGUACAAACUUGGGUUUUGCCGGUUCUGCACCGUCAAGUACACGCCGAGCACCAGCGAGCUGGACAACAUGUUCGUGCACCUCACCAACGUGGCCAUCCAGAAGCACGGGGACGACUACAACCACAUCCACGGGGGCAAGUGGACCGUGAGCAACCUGCGCCUCUACCUGGAGAGCACUCGGGGCAGGGAGGUCACCAGCAAGCUCUUCGACGAGAUCCACUGGGUCAUCGUGCAGUCCCUGAAGGCCGUGGCGCCGGUGAUGAACAAUGACAAGCACUGCUUCGAGUGCUAUGGCUACGACAUCAUCAUCGACGACAAGCUGAAGCCCUGGCUGAUCGAGGUCAACGCAUCGCCAUCCCUCACCUCCAGCACCGCCAACGACCGCAUCCUGAAGUACAACCUGAUCAACGACACCCUCAACAUCGCCGUCCCCAACGGCGAGGUCCCAGACUGCAAGUGGAACAAGUCCCCGCCGAAGGAGGCCCUGGGCCACUACGAGAUCCUGUACGACGAGGAACUGGCCCAGGGGGACGGGGCCGACCGGGAGCUGAGGAGUCGUCCGGGGCAGCCGCUGGGGCCCAGAGGCAGCCGGUCCCGGGACUCCGGGAAAGGCAUCCUGACAACCUGGAAGUGACGCCAUCGGGAGCCCCUGG